AUGCAGUGCGCCGGGGAGCUGCCGCCACCGCCGCUGCCCCACCGGCCCGAGGCGCCCAGCGCGCCGGUCGAUGAGUUCAGCGACGAGGACCUCGAGUCCGAUGACGCCAAGACCCACACCGAGGCCUCCCUCAGCGACGAAGUCGUCUGUCCCACCUGCGGGUACUGCAAUGAUGCGGUGACGAACUACUGCGUGGAGUGCGGGCGGCCAUUGGGAGCCACCCGCAGCCGGGCGAGCAGCGUGAGCGGCUCGCCGACCGCCUCGCGAGCCGAACCGCCGUCAAUGGCCACCAAGACCAUCAAGGCCACCACCUCCCCCGCGACCACCACCACUUCGGCCGCGGGCGCCCGCGGCGGCGCUGCGACGGAGGAGACCAAGUUGCCGCCCCUGGCCUCGCGGGCUCGCUUCCUGAAGUGGAUCGUCAUCGCCACGCUAGUGCUCAACGUCGCCCUCUUCCUCGGUAUUCCCUCCCCGCGUCCUGUGUGGCUGUUCACCACGGACCACGGGCUGCCCUGGUUCAUCUAUCCACUCGCCGUUUCCGUCAUCCUCUGCGGCUCUCUCUAUCUGGCGUCGCACAACGUGGAGAAGCCCUGGCUCCAGCUCCACUUACUCGUUUCGGCCACCAUCAACUUCACCAUCAUCUUCACGUAUGUGUUCAAGUUCGACCGGCAGCCCUACUUUGCCUACGUGCUGCUGCCCUCGGCGGGCCUGCUGUGCCUCCACCUCCUGCUCACCGACCACUGGGGCGUCAUGCCGCGGCCCCACAAGUACUUCUACGUGCACCUCGUCUCCAUCUACGUGCCGCUCAACCUGGUCCUCUUCACCGCGUUCCUCACCACCACGCCCGGCGAGGCCUGGUUCGUCUUCCCGCUGCUCCUCACCUCCGUACCGCUCAUGGCCCACUACAUCAUCGCCUUCCACCCGGACGACCCGCACAAGUGGUUCUACGUCGACCUCGCCACCGUCAGCACUCUGGCCGGCCUCUUCUUCCUCCUCUGGGCGGUGACGCCGACGGACCACCCGUGGUUCGUGUACUUGUGGGUGGCGGGCGGGGUGGUGAUCGCGGGCCACUACGUGUUCGAGUACCAGCCGAAGGUCCUGCAGCGGGGCGCGGCGGGCGGGCUGGGCCUGCUCCAGGGCGCCUGGGCCAAGGCCCACGAGCUCCGCAUGCCGUCGUGGCGCAAGGAAGCCGACAAGGCUCCGCCUGUGGUCACGCCCGAGGUGGGGUCGUCACAGCCCACGCCCGGCUCUCAGGUGUAA